AUGAAAGAGUAACUCAACACAAUGGGGAAUGAUAUUAAAUUUUUGAGAGAAAAAUCGGUAAUAUAACUACUUGAAAUUAGAAAAUGGAAAGUAUUGAAGGAAGCAGCAGAAAAAAUGUUAAGUCCAUCUAUGUACCAUUAAAAACUCAAGAGAAGGAUAAAAAUGAAGUCAGUAGAUUGAUGAAUUUUGAUUAACUUGAUGAUAAAGCUGGAGAAGUGAAUGAACAGUAUUAUUAAUUCAUGGAUUAGCUGGAUCUGGUAAAAGUACUACAGCCAAAAAAAUUGA